AUGGCUAAAUUUAAAAAACUUUUAAUUAGCAUUAAUUAUAAUAGACCAAUUGCAGCAUCAAUAGAUAAUACAAAACUUGAAGAAAAAUUACAUUAUUCUGCAAGUUUAGGUGCAAUUCCUGGAUCUAUAUUGUCAUUACAUGAAACUUUA